AUGCGUCGUGAAUGGAUUUGGUUUGGACGAGUAUCUCAUGAUGAACACAAGGAUUGGCUCAAGUUUCACCAAGGGGUAUUUCUCGUCUUCACCGUUUUAACUACUUGGGUAACAUGUUGGAUUAUGUUUGCUCGUCCUGACUGGCCGAUGGGUCGCGAAUGGGCUCUCCGUGAAGCACAUUUAGAAAUAGCAAGACGAGAAAAAGCUGGUUUACCUCUCAUCAGUCCAGACCUCCUACCAAGAGCUACCGUGUUUACUGGCUUCCUUCCAGCUGACUGA